AUGUCCGACGGACCGAAUGUGUGCUCAUUUCCGCAGCUUUUCAAAGUCCGCCAUGGCGAAGGCGCAGCUAUCCUGCCUCCUCCACCUUCUCCCCAAUUGACGCGGUUAAGCCUGCAAUAUGACCGAAAGCAGUGGAACAAGAGCACGAGACCUGCGAGAAUAUUUCAGAAAGAUCACCUACCACGAUUGAAAUACCACAACCCCGGUUUACCGAUCAGAGUAGAACAGGGACCCCGGCGACUACAAUUGACGUUUGAGAGUGCCGACCAGCAGGCGCUGAGAGAGCUGGAAAAGACGUCUUUAGAAACAAGCAACGACGGCGAGUAUCGAGAAACGUGGACCGAAAUAGAGGCCAAGUCGCAAGCUUCCGACCAGACAACCUCCAGCGCAUCACCAUCUUCGUCAUCGAACCCUACUCCGACGUCGACAUUCACCAGAACUGUGGAACUGCGUUUAGGGCCACACCAACCAGGGAGCAUAUGGAAAUGGUUCCAGAACACCACAAGAUGCGAGGACUACCCUGAGAACCCUGAGGAAACCGAGCAAAUGGAAAGACUAAAGGAAUUCUUUGCACGGGCAGAAGAGGACCGGCAGCGGGUCAAAGCUGGCAUGGACGCGAUCAGGAAACAAAAGGAGGACUUGAAAAGAGCACGGGAGGCUGCCGAGAGAAUGGCCAACGAGGCAUAA